AAGAAGUUACUUUGAUACAGGUCGCACCGCCAUGACUACAACAAGCAGAGAUGAAUCCGACUACGACAGUAGCUGUUCUUCGGUCACACUGCCGGACUCCCGCUACAGCUGGAUAAGCGACUUCAGCUUUGGCAGCAGGAGCUCCGUUUCAGUCUGUUCCUUCAGUGACCACACCCUCUCUUGUGGUCAAAAGCCACACAAGGCCAACCAAGCUGCCUGGGAAGCCAUGAAACGCCUCCGAGGCGAGAAUGGCCAAGUUGGGCUUCACCACUUUCAUUUGCUUCGCCGGCUUGGAAGUGGAGACAUCGGAAAUGUCUACCUCUGCCGGCUCCGGAAUCCUGUUGUGGGAUUGCCUGAGUGCUUGUAUGCUAUGAAGGUGGUUGACAGAGAAGCUCUUGCAUUUAGAAAGAAGCUUCAGAGGGCAGAGAUGGAGAAGGAAAUACUGCGAAUGCUUGAUCAUCCUUUCCUCCCAACACUCUACGCCGAGUUCGAUACCUCUCACUACUCAUGUCUAGUGAUGGAGUUUUGUCCCGGCGGCGAUUUAUAUGCUGUCCGGCAACGCCAGCCCGGGAAGCGUUUUAGCAUCUCAUCUGCCAAGUUUUAUGCGGCUGAAAUCCUUCUGGCUCUGGAGUAUCUUCACAUGCUGGGGAUCGUAUACAGAGACCUUAAGCCAGAGAAUGUUCUAGUUCGGGAAGAUGGGCACAUUAUGCUCUCCGACUUCGAUCUCUCCUUCAAAUGCGACGUGGUGCCCAAGCUCCUAAGGACGAAACCCAACCCUGCUGCUACAUACAGGAAUGUUAAGAGCUCAACCCCUUCAUGUGCUGCACCCAUGCAACCUGUGUUUUCAUGUUUUCUGGCGUCUACCAAGAGUAGCAAGAAAAAGAAGGAAGCUGCCAUGGGAGCAGUGGCACCAGAGGUUGAUUUACAGAAUGUUGAUCCAGAGCUGGUGGCUGAACCCAUCAAUGCUCGUUCUAAGUCAUUUGUAGGUACCCAUGAGUACUUGGCACCAGAGGUGAUCUCAGGGUUGGGCCAUGGAAGUGCUGUGGAUUGGUGGACAUUAGGGGUGUUCUUGUAUGAGCUCUUGUACGGGAAGACACCCUUCAAAGGUGAAAGCAAUGAGAAGACUCUUAUCAAUAUCAUUAAGCAGCCAUUAACUUUCCCCAGGAUUGGUGUUAGUACCAGCAAAGAACUUGAAGAGAUAGCCAAAGUUCAGGACCUCAUAAGCAAGCUUCUGGUGAAGAAUCCAAAGAAGAGAAUUGGGAGCUUGAAGGGUUCCGUUGAAAUCAAGAGGCAUGAGUUCUUCAAGGGCGUCAAUUGGGCUCUGAUUAGAUCAGCCAAGCCUCCUGAAGUCCCCAAGGAUUUACGCAGGAUCAAGAGCAAAGCUUCUUUAUCAAAGUUUAGCAGCAGGAAAGAAAGAAAGCCUGCAUAUCAGCUCCCUGAUCACCAUUUUGACUACUUUUAAUUGUAAAUAAAUAUAGAUAGAUAGAGAUGAAAAAGCAUGUUAUACUAAUGAAAGAGUCUUUUCUUUUUCUUGGGUUUUGGUAG